AUGAACAACUGCACCACAGUGAGCACAUUCUUUCUGUGGGGGUUUUCCAGUUUCCCAGAACUACGGAAUCUACUCUUUGUGAUGAUUUUAUUCUCACAUGUGACAAUUCUAUUUGCAAAUCUGUCCAUUAUUUUGGCCAUCAAGCUCAGUCAAAACCUUCACACCCCCAUGUACUUUCUCCUAUUCAGCCUGUCCUGUUCUGAAACCUGUACCACUAUGGUUAUCAUCCCCCGCAUGUUAGCAGACUUGUUAUCAGAGAGCAAGACCAUUUCUCUUCCUGAGUGUGCCACGCAGAUGUGCUUCUUCUUUGGCCUGGCAUCCACCAACUGUUUCAUCAUGGCUGCCAUGUCCUAUGACCGUUAUACCGCCAUCCACAAUCCGCUGCAUUAUCAAACCCUUAUGACAAGAAAGAUCUGCUUUCAGCUUGUGAUGGCCUCCUCAGUGUUGGGGUUCCUGAUAUCUCUGUGCAUCACCACCAUGAUAUUUAUCUUGUCUUUUUGUGACUCCAACAAUAUACAACAUUUCUUUUGUGACAUUUCACCUGUGGUUCACCUUGCAUGCGAUUACACUUCUUAUCAUGAAAUGGUUAUUUUUGUGCUCUCUGCCUUUGUGCUGGUGGGCAGCUUUAUUUUAAUUAUUAUUUCCUAUGUCUUCAUUGUGUCCAUAGUUGUGAAGAUGCCUUCAGCAAAGGGGAGGUAUAAGGCCUUCUCCACCUGCUCCUCCCACCUCACUGUGGUGUGUAUA